GUAAUCAAAAUUACGUUGCCUGUUUGUAUGUAUUUUGAUUAGAUACGCAGAGGUCACAAGAGCUACUGUUUUCUUGUAUAAUGGAGAAAGUAACGUAAUGCUGUAUCACAUGCGACAGUUUGAAAUGUUUUGAUUAUAGACCAGAGAAUAUGUUUCAAAGAGUUGUGUUAAACUUGCGACAAGAUGCGCGAAGAUGUAUUUCUUCAAAAAUUGGUGUGUUAGGUGUACCCUUUGAUAAAGGUCAGACAAAGCCUGGUGUAGCUAAUGGACCAAAAUCUCUAAGGGAUGCUGGAUUGGUGGAGAAAAUUCGAAAUAUUCAUGAUUAUAUAGAUGUUGUCGAUUACGGGGAUAUAGCAUACUCAGUCGAUUCAUCAAUUUCUAAAAGUGUUCCAAAUAUUCGCAUGUAUGAACACAUGGUAGCAUGUAAUAAGGAAGUGUCCAAACGAGUAAGGAACAUAAUUGAAAGCGGUAGAAUAUGCUUAACACUUGGUGGAGAUCAUACAAUAGCUGUGGGAACAGUUGACGGUCAUAUACAAGCAAAAUCCGAAAAUGUUUGUCUUCUUUGGGUAGAUGCACAUGCAGAUAUAAAUACUAACAAAACUUCUAAUAGUGGCAAUCCUCAUGGUAUGCCCAUGGCUCUGUUGGCUAAAGAAUUAUCAGAUUAUUGGCCUUACUUGCCUGGUAUGGAUUGGCAAAAGCCCAUAAUAUCUGUGCGUGAUGUGGCCUAUGUUGGACUUAGAUCUGUAGAUAAUUACGAAAGACUCAUAAUUGAUAAAUUAGGAAUUACAGCGUUUGGAAUGGAAGAUAUUGAGAAAUACGGGAUUCAUGACGUCGUUAAUAUGGCUUUGGAUAAGAUUGACCCUGAACAAAAUAAGUCAAUUCAUGUGAGUUUUGAUAUCGAUUCUUUGGAUAGUUUAGAAGCUCCGAGUACAGGGACAUCCGUUAGAGGUGGCUUGACAUUGAGAGAAGGAAUUCAUAUAAUGGAAAAUGUUUAUAAGACAAAAAGACUAGGAUCGAUGGAUCUAGUAGAAGUCAAUCCUGCUAUCGGAACAACGAAAGAUGUUCAAACGACUUGUGACGCAGCUAUCCAUGUUAUUUUGGCAGCCUUUGGUCAAACGAGGAGAGGUCUUCGUCCUUUUAAUGUAGACGAUAUGCCACUUCAGACAUUCGCUAAUAAAAAUUCAUAAGAUAUUUAUUAAUUUUCAAAUAUACGCCAACAUGUGCAUAUAUAUAUUCA